CUUUGUGCUGUUUACCACAAGAUAGCCCAAUGUGCGCGCGCGCCCCACCCACCACUACAGCGCGCUAUUUAAAGCGUGAACACAGCAACAGCGCGAGAUCGUCAUCAGCGCGAGCGCAACAUCAGAACCGAUGCUGGAUUAAUUAAUCUCUGUGUUGGAUUAUUCCUAUUCAGUAUAUUGAAAAUCAACUCAAAACCAUAAUAUCAAAUGAAGAAGCAAAGUUGCGAGUCAUAAAAAACUGAGGAUUUCUUCUGAAAAUUGUUUCAAUUUUUCAGAAUAGCUACUUAAUAUGACUCUGCAAAUGACAUUGCAGCUGAUUAGAGCUUUGAUAGUGGCGUGUGGUUGCAGUAUCGUCGCAGACGCGAUGAGCGCUAACUUCACUCUGGAUAAUGAGAUUCAAUCCAGCUUCAUCCAGCGGCGACUCAAAAGCCAGGAGCGCAGAGAGAUGCAGCGCGAGAUCCUCUCCAUCCUCGGGCUGCCCCACCGGCCCCGUCCGCUUCUCCACGAGAGACACACCGCAGCUCCCAUGUACAUGCUGGAUCUGUACAACGCCAUCCUACAGGAUGGAGGGCAGCGUAGCGGUUAUGCGUACUCUUAUGAACCGGUUUUCACGACACCGGGAACCCCGAUGGUGACCCAGCAGGACAGUCGCUUUCUUAGUGAUGCGGAUAUGGUGAUGAGUUUUGUCAAUUUGGUUGAUUCAGAUGAAGACCUCCAUCUCUAUUAUCAGCACCGCAGAGAGUUCCGCUUCGACCUCUCUCGCAUCCCAGCGGGAGAAACCGUGACUGCUGCAGAGUUCCGUAUCUACAAGGACUUUGUACACGAGCGUUAUGAAAAUGAGACGUUCCGUGUCAGUGUGUUCCAGGUGCUCCAGCUGCAGCCCAAAAGGGAGCUCUACCUGCUGGACUCACGAGUGGUAUGGGCGGCGGAAGACGGAUGGCUGGUAUUUGACCUCACAGUCACCAGUAACCAUUGGGUCAUAAAUCCAGGUCAGAACCUGGGACUACAGCUCUCUCUGGAGAAUGCACACGGUGAAAGCAUGAACCCCAGGAGAGCAGGGCUGGUGGGCAGCAGUGGACCUCAGGAUAAGCAGCCAUUUAUGGUGGCGUUCUUGAAAGCAUCAGGACUCCACCUCCGUAGUGUCCGCUCAGCAUCAGGAAACAAACAGAGGGGUCACAACCGCUCUAAAACCCCCAAACCUGGUGCUGCACCCAGCCAGGUGGCUCUAAAGACAGCUGUAGCCACAGAGGGUGCCAGCGUUGACCCCAAACAGGGCUGCAAGAAACAUGAACUCUAUGUCAGUUUCAGAGACCUGGGAUGGCAGGAUUGGAUCAUUGCUCCAGAGGGUUAUGCUGCGUACUACUGCGAGGGAGAAUGUGUUUUUCCCUUGAAUUCUUAUAUGAAUGCCACAAACCACGCUAUCGUACAGACACUGGUUCAUUUCAUAAACCCAGAAACAGUCCCAAAGCCCUGCUGCGCUCCAACACAGUUGCACGGAAUCUCCGUCUUGUACUUUGAUGACAGCUCCAACGUUAUAUUGAAAAAGUACCGCAACAUGGUAGUCAGAGCCUGCGGAUGCCAUUAAGUCACAACUUCUGCUCUUGCCAAGAGAAAUGUGAGGGACAAGAGAAUAUAAGUGACAAAAAGACUGAUUUUCUUGAUCAUAAAGAUUCCAGAGAGGGAAGAGACUUGUUACUGGAGUAUAACUGGACUUCUUUGUUAGCAAAUUAUGCAUUCAAAGCAUACAUUCUCAUCCACAUCUCAAAACGCCUGGAAUUGUAAGAAGCUGACCACAGCUAAGUCAAGUGUGUGGGGUUCUGGCUUUCAUCUGUGCACGAAGAGCCAAGUUUGGAAUAUCAAAGAAGACAUGAGCAGAUACGGAGAGCAAAAACUGGCCUCAAAGACAUUUUAAAGAGACUGCUCAGGGAAGAGGCAAUGCAUUUACGCACAUUGCUAGACUCUAGCAUAUUUCAUUAGGAAAACCACUCUUACUACACACUAUAAAACAACACUGACAUCAGUAUUUAUAUCACUUUUGCUUCAGAUUCCAUAUUUACACUGGACAUCAAGUGGCAACUUAAUACAAACUGUUUAUCGUACAAACAUGCUUACAGUCAAACAUUAAAAUUUAUUAAUAUUUCCAUGAAACAAAUAUUCCACUGUGAAAAAAAUUCAGCCCAAUAAAGUGGAAAACUUUAUAAUAGAUUCAUUGUACAUUUUUGACCAUUUUGAAUUUAAAGGAAUAGUUCAGCCAAAAAAAUGCUAAUUCAUGUAUCAUUUACCUUUAUGCUGUCUCAAACACGUAUGACUUUUUAUUUCUUCUGCGAAACAGAUAUGGGGUGAUUUUUUAUGUGGUCCAACACUUUUAAGGUUGAGGAGUACCAUUGAUUUAUAUAAUUUCUGAGUUCAUUCAAGUAGUUUAUGGAAAAUGCCGGCCCUGACACGCUUGAUCUAACAAUAUACUGUAUUUCAGCACAAGAUGUGAGAUAGAAAUGCAAAUCAUGUGAGACUGUUAAAAUAUCUCAAAGCAAUUGUUCACAAUUCCACUUAUUCAGCACAUUAAACAAACCCUUUUCACAGAUGUUCUGCACUCCUCGAUUAAACAAGACAGCAGAAAACUCAACCUUGCCUUGAAGUCACUUUGAUUUCAUCACAUAUAUGAAAGAACACGUGUUUUCUAUCAGCAGUUAUCGCUCAUAGAGUCAAUAAAAAGACAAACCCUCCAUUUGCAUGGGUUUGGCCUUUUAAGGAUUUAAAAAAGUCUAACUCAUUGUUCUCUUUGCCUCAUGAGAAAUUUAUUUUGUGUGAAUUUGCCAAUCACUUUAUGAAGAGUGUGUGAAUGUGGAUGUCAUACGCAUAUAUGUGUUUGUGUGUGUAUUUGGCCCCUCAUGCUGUGAAAACACCCCGUUCUCAAGGGCCAGUGUUGCAGUAUGUCCACCUGCAGUAUCAGAGUCAUCACUUAGCCCUUUCCCGCCAGUGAAGCAUGGCCAGGACGGCAGGUGGGCGGUGUCAGGAGAGAGCAUUUGGUUAUAAUCUGAACAUUCGGAAUAAAUCAAAUGAUAAAAUGAAAUGAAUAAAACUGUCUAAAGAGGAGCAGGUGCGCUACAUUUUGGAAGAUGAAAGUUAUAACCGUGCAGCUGUUCUCAAUAACAUCAAUACAAUACAACAUUGUAGCCGUGCAUUAAAGAGAGGUUCCAGUGAUGUAAGAGGUGACCUUCCAGACCAGAUGUUUUCAGAACUGGAAAUCAUUUUAAAUGCCAAACAAAUUAUUUUUCUCAAUGUUUCUAAAAUGUUAUUGUAAUAAAAUGGGAGUCUGUUAUUUGUGGCCCCUUGUGUAUAACUGACCCUUUCCCAUGGUCAAUAAAAAUAAUGUCAAUCAAAUUUGGCAUUUUGAUUAAAUCCACAAUUUAAAGACCUCAUGAAACCAAAUGACGAAUGCAGUGUUCUUUCCUGUGUUGACAUAUGUCCUAUUGAAACAGUUAGAGACAUAUUGAAGGUCUUGUCACUUGUCAGCGAAGCAACUGCUGUUGAGAUAUGGGAAUGCUAUCAAUCGGAUAGCUCUCUCCAGGUAUUAUACGCCUCCUUGGUGACAUGAGUGGUCCAUUUCCAAGAAAAACUACACUGAAUGUAUUUAAUUGCUAAAAGUUGACUUUGUCGAAUACACUAGUAUACAGAUGACC